AUGUCACAAACUCAAGACCAGCAUGACGCGCUCCGCGGAGCAACUGCACCGGCCGUCCCAGCCGACCACCAUGCCAGCGCCGAUGGCGAUCUUGAACAGCUGAGCCCCGGCCUCGCCACAACGUGCGAGCCCUCGAUCCGCGACUCGGAAGACGCCCAAGAUGAAGAUCCCUUCCUCGUCAACUUCGAGUAUCAGGAUCCCGCCGAUCCACGUACCUUCGCGACGUGGCGGAAGAUCCAGAUCCUCUUCGUCACCAUGCUCCUCGAGUUCUGGGUCAACGUCAUCUCCUCCAUCUACUCCUUUGGAGCGCCCGAGGUGGCGACCGAAUUCGGCAUCUCCGCCGUGGCCGCCCGCGUGCCAGCUGCGGUCUUCCUGUUUGGAUUUGCUAUUGGCCCUGUCAUCUGCGCGCCCCUCUCGGAGGACUACGGAAGGGUUCCCGUCAUGAUCAUCGGCCUUGUCGUCGUAGCACUCUUUCAGAUCGGAUGUGCUCUGGCGAACGGACUAGCCACACUCGUUGUCCUUCGCUUCCUCAGCGGCUGUUUCGGCGCCGUGGCCUUCAACUCGAUCGGCACCGUCUCCGACCUAUGGGAUUCCGACAACCAGGGUUGGGGUGUCAACACCUUUGCACUCUCUGCCGAAGCCGGUGCGACAGUUGGCCCCAUCAUUGGCGCCUUUGUUGUUCAAGAUGCCGGCUGGAGGUGGACAUUUGGCGUUUCGGGAAUUGUGCUCGCUUUCCUGACCGCCCUGUUUGCCUUGACCGUCCCUGAGACGCGAGCGGGCGUCCUGCUCAGCAGGAGGGCGAAGAAGCUGCGCAAGGCCCAGAACGAGCCGCGCUACUACGCAAGUCACGACAAGCUCCGAUCUGAGCACACGGUCACAGAGCUCUUCAAGGAGACGGUUGGGCGACCGAUUCUCAUGCUCUUCACCGAGCCCAUUGUGUUCUGGUUCGCCCUUUUCGACGGCGUCAACUAUGCGGUCAUCUACAUGUUCUUCGAGGCCUAUCCGCUCAUCUUUGUCGAGUACGGCUUCACCAUCGGUCAGCAGGGUCUCACCUUCUUCGGCGUCCUUAUCGGCUUCAUCAUCGCCUACUUCCUCUUUGCGCUGCAGAUCAAGUGGUUCCACUAUGCAGGCAGCAAGAGACCGGGCGGAGUGCCCACGCCAGAGGACCGACUCCUGUGGGGUAUUCCCGGUGGCAUCCUCUUCCCGAUCAGCCUCUUCUUCUUUGCGUGGACGUCGUUCCCGCCGAUCCCGUGGAUCGUGCCGGUGAUUGCGGGUGCCCUAUUUGGCAUCUCGUCGCACUCGCUCUUCCUGAUCGUGUCGGACUACACGGUGAGCUCCUACUCGAUCUACGCUGCAUCUGCCGUGGCGGCGCAGUCGUUCCUACGCGAGUUCCUCUCGGGCGCCUUUACGCUCAUCACCGAACCCAUGUAUCACAACGUUGGCUACCAGUGGGCCACCUCGAUCCUCGCCUUUAUCGGUGUGCCGCUCUCGGUGAUCCCAUUCUUGUUCUACAAGUUCGGACCCACUAUCCGCAGACGCAGCAGCUUCGCCAAGGAGCUUCAACUCGUUGAAGAGAAGGAGAGGAACCGUCGUGCCAAGCUCGAGUCACGCGCAACCACGCUCACCAACAACGCCGCCGCCGAGGUCAACCUCAAGACACAGUAA